AUCGGGAAUGACCCAUUGUUUCUACGCCUACCGAUAGACCCCCUCAGACUUCCUUUUCCAUCGACAAUUUAAGUCGAAAAAACUAUUCUAGUAUUUUUCUUUUCGACUUCGAUGAUUACUGUACUUGAAACUCCAUCGAAAUAACUUUAAUUAUGGUUUAACUUGAAUUACGGUAGACUUACUGCCUUGAACACUGAGAACUCCUGAAGACAAACGGAUCGGUCCGUACAACUAGUUGGCAGCCAAUGUUCUAGUACGACGAUGAAGAGUACCAACUCACCUCUCACCAGUGCAAUAGAAUAGAACAGAACAGAAUAAAGCCCAACGACGCAAAUCCGCAAACGACGAGGACAUCAGCGGCCGCUAUGAACGAUCCGAGCAAAAGCAGCACCGGAAACAACCACGACCGAAACCACCCCGGCGUGGUCCGGGUGGAGGCCACCGCUCCGAUCAAGAGCUCCCCGCUUUCCACCGGUGGCAUCGCCCUCGCCAUAGGAACCUUCUUGGCCCUCCACACUCCUUCCUGGCUGGUCCUCGUCUUUUGUUUCGAGACGGACGAACACAAAGAUCACCAUGACUCGCUCCCGAUCCGCCUCUUGUCCCGGUGGCUUCUGGAUUUUACUCCGUGGCUGGCCAACGCCCUGCUGUCGUUCUUUCUGGGGGUCCUCUGCCUGUGCCUGGGCGCGGCCUUUCUCUCGAGGACGGAGCGCUGGGGCGCGGUCCACGGUGUGCGAACCGAGCCAUUUUGAAAGCAAACCACAAACCCAGGGAGGGACCAAAGGGCGAUUGCGGUUGCUGCUGUUUCAAGAAUAUCCAAGACCAGCCGUUCUUCGAACGGGCGCUCCAUUGGGAGACCAAUCGGCGGGGACCACUCGAUGGCGACGGGUUCGUUCGCCCGGAGCACACCGUGUUUGUUUUAUUUGUUCAAAACACGAACGGCCGAAGGAACCGAAUCGAACCGCACCCCCUGGAACGCCCCGGGGUUCGAAGCUGCGGUUUCCGACCGCCUUGUUCCAAUGUAGGCGCCCCACUGAAAAAAAACAUUCCUUUACACAAAAAGAGUCGCAAGACUUGCGAACAGCCAGAGUAAAUGCAAUCUUGAAAGUAACAAUAGCACGGUAUGAGCCAUUCCUUGUUUCAAUAAAAUAAUGCAUUUGCG